AUGGAGGUGCUUGAGGAAGGCAAUUUAAUGGACCGCGUUCCCAUUUUGCUGCAGCGCGAUUUGGAGUUUUAUCAGACGCAUCAGCGCGUCCUGCAGGAACCCAUUUGUCCAGGAGUUGUGGGUGGUAAGCUGGACUUUCCUCGCUAUGCGUCGUUUGCCUCGAUUAAAUUGAUACGCUGGUGGGAGGACGAAUACUUUGCAUCCUAUCGCAAGCACUCGGGUCUACUGCAUACGGAGAAGGAGCUCAAUGAGGGAGAUUUUAGCAGUGUUACGGUGAAAACCUCGGAUCCGGAUAAGUUUGUGAGUUUGGUAACCAAAUCCGCGGAUCUGCUGCUGGAGCACAUACAUCGCCUGUCUCAGGAGUCUUUGGAUCAUGCAGAUCUCUCAGUGCUGACGGCUACCAUCGGAGCUGCCGCCUUGGUCAAGAACUCCUUGAGUGUCUAUAUGCAGGCAGCCACCACCACCAUUUGUCCGCCCAAGGGGGACGAGAAGGGCGGAGCUCUCAAGCUAAGCUUCAAGCAGUAUUCCCAGAUGUCGGAGGCAUUGGCUGAACGCCUCUUGGAUCUUCAUUGUCGUCUGCUGCUCUUGUAUAUCAUUCAGGAUGCCGACUGCCUGCACUGGGAGGACACGGAGCCCUUUUUCGAAUCGGAGCGCGGCUCGUACACGGUGCAAAUGUGGUGGCACUAUAUGCGUGGCACCAAGGCCGAUCUCUGGAACUCUGUGCCCCCAAAGAUGGCCCAGAAGAUCUUUGCCGGCAUGCUGAAUGAGACGCUUAGUGUGUUGACUGUGCGUUACACCCAGAUUGUCACCAGCGUGGCCAGAGCCCAGCUUCAUCUGGUGGACAUCUGCAACAUGCUCCUCUGCAUUGCAGAGUUACUUCCCCAUGUCUGUGAGAGCGGAGAGGCCUACGUUGGCCUCCAGCUGAGUAACCAGAGUGUCAUUGUUCGGGACAUUCAUGCCAAAUGUAGGGAGCUCUUCUACUGCCUAUUGCUCCGUGGUGCUCCCUUGGGUGUUCUCUCCAAGGUCUUUCGCAAGGGUCUGGACAAUAUGGAAAUGUUUAGCUCGCGACAUGGACUGCCGAGUGCUUGGAUUAUUUUCGCUUUGCCUCGCUACUUUCCGAAGGAGCAAUCCUGUCAAUGGGUGACGGAAUUUGCGGAUCUCACCACGAAUACGGCCAUCUCAUUGGAUCUACGUGUAUUGCUGGCUUUUCCCGAGGCUCACUGGUCCUACUUGCUAAAGAUUCUGCUAAUGAGGGAUGCUUAUCUAACGGGGAUUAUCAUGCGACAUCUGUUACGACACUUGCCAUCAUCGGAGAACUUUAAGAAUGUGGCGAAACAUUCAUUUACCAGCGCCGAGGGAGCUCCACUGAAGUGCGAGGCGUUCCUGUGCCGUGGCGAGUGCUUCAAUGUCACCGAUUCCAUAGCGGCGGACAUAGAUCCCGUGGGACAAUCGAACUAUCAGAUUGUUCUAUCCUUGACCUAUUUAAUUGUGGCCGUGGGUAAGGCCGUCGAUAUCAAGUCCUGUCUGAUCAAGACCCUGGAAGAGCAUGCAGUGAGUGGCUGGAGCGAUUGCCUGGACAAACGUCAGGUGUGGAAUCAGAAGCGCACUCCUUGGCUGGAGGCAAUCAUGCACUUUGUAUACCCUGUACUCGACUGUGUGGUCGAGAUGCUCAUCAAUGCUGUUGAGAAUGGCGCUAGCAUGUAUCAGGCCAUGUCCUUGGCUCUGACCUGUGUCUCCGAGAUUUGGGAUUGCAUGCCCGAGGGAUUGUAUAAGAUUACAGCGCUGCUGCAGGAUAUAAUACCAGUUUCUACCCGUCCCCUGGGGGAUUCAGUGCUGCUCCAAGUGGUCUUUGCCGCGCUCUACACGGAGCUCAUCAAGACUGCCGAGCUGCAGGAGCAGGCUAAAAAUCAGGACAAGGCUGCCGUUUGCUACUCCCUCUCGGAGGCCAUUUGCUCCAUAGACGAGGAUGACAAGCACACGGAUCAGAUCGAGCUGUUCCUCAAGCAGGCCAAGGAGAGCAUCAAUCUGGACACCGAUUUUGGUGGCAGCUGCAGUCGUGGUGCCGGUGGCAUGAGUGCUGUGAGCACUGUCAAAAUCGAUGACCUGGCAUUGACCAAUGCGGAGUCGGAGCGCUUGAGUCACAGUCCACCGGCCAACUAUGCCAUGGAAUUGGAUGUGGGCAUUGCGGAUUAUAUAGCCGAGGUGCUGGCCAGUGAUGUGCUAACCACCAACAUUGGCAAACAGGCACUGAAAGUGCUCUAUAAUUAUAUGAAAUUCAACAAGGAUUGGCUGCUGGAGCAGCUGGGCACGGGCGACAACGAGCCGAGUCCUUUCCAGGGUGUGCUGGGUCAGAACAUAAGGGAGGCGAAGACAUCGGUGCUCAGGUCCAUGUUCUUCAUAGGAAACACGCCGUUCGAUCAGCUGCUAACCGGUUCCCUAAAGAUCGACUAUGUCAGCUGGCUGCAAAUGCCACUUUCCCUCAAUCCGGAAAGGACCUGGUUACAUUUAACACGUCGCUGUGACUUCCAGGAGGAUGCUAAGCUGGCGCUGCCAGAGGUCGCCAUGGUGGCUGGCAUUAGUAAGAUAAUGAAACGGCGAAAGGAGUUUUCCAAAUAAGGCGCUCUUCCUGCCAGCAAGUAGCAUCAUUAGCAUUGCGUAUACGCCGCGUUGUCCACCCCCCAGUAAAGAUGUCAUUAAUGGCGCAUAAGGCAAACGAAGCCAUAGCUUCUUCUUG